ACUUGGUUUUCUUUUUAGAAAUAUUUUAGAGAUGAUUACAGACUAUGAAAUGACAAUAAUUUAUUGACUUUUUGUUUUGAUAUAAUAUUUCUUUUUGAUUUGUGUCUGGAGGAAACAGAAGAUGAGCUCGAAAGUUGAAACAGUAUUAUACUCGCAACUGCAACCUUGGAGUACGGUAGGUGCAACUCCUUGCGUUGAACAAGUAGCUGGAGCACCAAUACCAACCAGAAUUGGUGAAUACUUCAAGACUCCCAGACCCCAUCCAUGGAGACCAACACUCGGAUACGAAAACAUCGAGCUUUCACCACUGCCAAGUCAACCAGUGACGAAUACUAUCGUCGAUCCAUGUUACACUCCAUAUGGUAUGGCCACGAGGCCAUUGAAAUUCCCUAACCUUGUAACAGGGUUUGACAGAAAUCCAGCACAUGCUGCAAGGGCAGCCUUAUACACUCGAUAUACCCCUUUUGAGUGGACACAAAAUAAUUUGAAAAAUUUCAAUGAAUCCGACACCAAUCGGAAUUAUUCAGAAAGAUUGAGAGGAGAGUUUAUUCGAGUGAUGAGAGAAACUGAUGAGAAAACCUUAGCUGGACAAAGGGAGUCUGGAAGAAGGUUGGGAGAAAGGAUAACAGACACUACUUUCUGGAGGAACGAAGUAAGAACUGAAUUGGAGAAACUGUUAACAGAGUCGGCACUCCUUCAGGAUUCCAGGAGAAGUAUUCAAAAGGCUAUGAAUGAUAUUGAAGGACCUUUGCAUAUCGCUCAGGAAUGCUUAUAUCAGAGGGAAAACAGAUUAGGUACCGAUCUUGUGCACGACGAUCCCGAACAAUCUCUCUUGACCGAAAUUGAAAUAUACAGAAAUUCUCUGGACAAACUUAAAUGCCUUUUCAAUAAGAUGGAGGAUCAAAUGAGGAAUAACAGAGCUGCACAGCAUGAACUUGAGCUGGACGUGGUCAGCAAAGAAUCCGCUCUCGGAAUCGACAACAUGUGCCAUCAAUUGAACAAUUUUUCGAAGGGUAUUAGUUAUUACGGUGGCAUAGAAAAAUAUGAUCCCACUGUAAGUACGCAACUGACCUGGGCAGAGAAUAGCAACAGUAUGGUGCAAAGAUCGCAAGAAGAAAGACGGAAAUCAUCGCAAAUGAGGUCGGAUGUGGAGAAUCUUGUAAACGGAGUAGCUAUCGAAAUUUGGGACGCUUGGAGUAGAACAAACAACGCCAUGGCGAGAAGAGCUGCUGAAACUUUAGAGGCUAAGAGCAAAUUGCAGAUGCAUUUGCACAAGAUACAACAGGAAAUAUUCGUCAUUGAGAAGAAUAUUGAGCUAUUGAAAAAAGCUAUCCAAGACAAAUCGAAUCCUAUGAAAGUAGCUCAUACAAGAUUAGAAGCCAGAACUCACCGAAAGCAGAUAGAAUUAUGCAGAGACAUUGCACAAGACAGAUUAGUAUCGGAAGUAAAAGAUCUACAAAACAGCAUUGAAUAUCUCAACAUGAAACUGCAAGAAGCUGAAGCCCAACACCAACAGUUGCUGAAGUCCAGAGCUAACUUGGAGUCAGACUUACAUAACAAAGUGAAUACAUUGUUCAUCGAUCGAGAAAAAUGCAUGGGGAUGCGGCGAUCUUUCCCCAUCACUGCAACAAUCAAGUAUUAACAGUUUCUACUUCAUUUCAUCACGUACUCAUCUUCCUUUGCAUGGAAUGAACCCGAUUUUCAUCGAUCGAAUGCAAUAAAAAAUUAAUAGAAUUCUUUAUUUUUUCGCA